GUCAAAAGUUAAACAGAACUUUGGCGUUGUGCUCGUUCUUGCAACCGCAUCCCUCUUGUACUUUGCUGUCGAGAUCCUGCGAUAUCGUGAUUACAAACUAUUAGGAGGAUCAUGCGAGUCGUGACCUCUGAACAAUGGCUCCGUCUCAGACGACGUUGCCAGAUCACGAGCCCUUGAAGUUCUCGCCUCGCACGGUUUCUCGACUCGACGAGGAGGAUGAAGACGACUGGCAAAAGACGAUACGCCCCGUAGCCUUGGGCUCUCGAAGUGUCGCCCACUCGCGCGAGUCGUCCAUAGAAAAGCUUCAGCGCCCCGACCUCAUCACACAGCUGCCGCCGCCUCGAUCGCAUGUGCCGUCGCGGAGCGCUCUCGGGGGAGUCAUAGAGCGCGUCGUGGACCCAAAAGCAUCCACCUACGGACACCACCGACAGACAUCCAUCGUCCAUGGCAUUGGGAUUCAUCAUUCUAGGAACGGGAGCCUCGCUAGUUCCUCUUCUAGCCCUCUUAGCCCGCAGAUGAUUGCUGCGGCUGGGGCUGGCCUUACGCCGGACAGGGCAGAAAUGCACUCUUUUCCCCGCCUCGACAGCGAUGCUGCUUCGCUAGGGCAACGACCACCAACCGCCCUCUCCGGGACCACCCUCGCGUCGAUGCCCAACAAUGUUCCCGAAAGGUCCUCCUCAGCCGCGGCCGGCGAGAUUGGUGGUGGUCAGAUGCCGGUGCGAGGGAAGAUGGAGAGGAGGCAUAGUGGCAAGUCUCGCCGCGACCACGCACCCCACCAUUCGCACUCUUCGCGCCACCACAAAGACGAGCAGAAAACAGUUGGCGAGUACGCCCUCCAUGUCUUGUUCACGUCUUUCAUCGCACAGGCAGAGGAGAAGUUGAACGAAUGCAUCACGGUCCCGUUCGAGCCGGAGCCACACGUAGAGCAGAUAUGCGGACCCGGAAGAGACCCUGGCUUCGAUCAGCUCAUCGUUGCCCUCGGUCACAUCGCUAAGCAGAAACCUAGACCGCUGAUUGACUCGAUGAUGCUCUGGAGAAAAAGCAAGAGCGAUGCGGCCAACGAGGCCCGAACCCAACUCCAGCAGUCGCGGAUCUACCCUCCUCCCGGACCGCUGCAGAGGCGUAACACAGAGCCGAUGCAGCCGGCCGUGGGGGGCGCCGCGCCAGACGGUCACCCGGGCGGCCAGAUGUCGCUAGCUGCAAAGCAGGAAUACGUUGCCCAGGCCGAGCGUCGCUCAACCGUCUCCAUCUACGUGCUCUGCCGCGUCCUUCUCGAGGUGUGGACGCAGAGCACGCUGGCUUCCAUCACUCCCGAAAUGGAGGACAAGCUCGAGAACAUCAUAUUCGGGCAGCUGAAGAUUUCCGAUACCGAGCAACUGAUGGUUUCGCCGCUAAAACUAUCCAAUUGGAACCUCUUUGCCCAGCUCAUGGGUGUCAUGAGCGAGAUCAGCUUCACCACCGUGACCGACCGCUUCGCUGCCGAUCUCGACCGCUCGUUGCAAGAGCUGAAUGCUAAGGGACCGGCCUCGUCGCCUCGGGAUCUCGAGAACAAGAUGGAGCUCGUGCUAGGAGGGAUGAAGCAUCUCCGCAUAAAGACCUCCCCAGAGGAUGCCUGGGACCGGUCUUGUGAGUUCCUGGCCUCCCUCGGGAAGCUGUUCAGCCGGUCCCACGGCCCCAAGGUAAAAUCAGCCUUCUGCCAGGUCCUCGAGAUGCUCGUGCUUCCCAUAGCCGCCAAGGCGACCAACAGCGACAUUGCCCAUCCGAAGUGGAACGAAGUGUUGGCUAUCGUUGGACCCCGGCUGGCGCAAAUGUUUGUUAAGCCGCGCCACUGGCAGUGCACCUUUCCCCUGACCGCUACCAUGUUGUGCGUUUCUCCGCCCGAUACGUUUGUUAGUCAGUGGUUGCAGUUGAUCUACCCGCUACAGCCGCGGCUCAAGGACCGUUCCACCCGGCCGCUCUGCUUGCAGGUUAUCUCGAGACUCGUGUGGACCUAUCUCUACCGCGCCAACGACAGCUCCUCGGGCAUGACCAGGAGGCUGGACGAAAUCUUGAAGACCGUUCUCCCUAAUGCUAAGAGGGCCUUGAUUGCCACAGAUACUGCCAUCAUCGACCCUCUCAUCCAGAUCAUCCGAUUCAUUGGUUAUAAACACCCGGAAUACUGUUUCCGAACCAUCAUCUUCCCUCUAGUCAAUGCCGAUCUCUUCACAUCGACGAACAGGGAGCUCAAGAUCGAGCAGCUUGACCCAGACCGGAUCGUCGUGGGGAUUCGGGCCUUCCUCACAAUCAUGUCGGAUCUUGAAAAGGGCGACAAGGGCCGGCCUCCAUUUCCGCAGUCGUAUGCCCCCCCGCCUCCCUUUCCCGAGCGUGUGCCCCCGACGUCACCCGUUUUCGGUUCACCGCAUGACCUUCCCUCCGUUGCCUGGGCGGCCCUGUCGGGCGGCGAGAGACUGUCCAAGCCAGUCUCGGUCUCCGCACUCUCCGAGAAUGUCAGGGACUACUACUCCCGAUUCUGCGAGAUCCUCGGCAAGAUCAGCAUCAUCUGCGACAACACAUUUGGCGGACAGGCUGCCCUCGACGAGAAAUUUGACAAGAUGGAAAAGUUCAACAGCCCGGGACCCAAAACACCCAUCACCGACACCUUCAACUUCUCGCGCCGGGACGACCACCCUAGCCCUCAUGACCAGAAACAAGCCUUCUACGAACUCCUUCAUGUCGCCGUUCAGGCCCUCCCGCGGUGUCUGUCAUCCGACAUACCCUUCAACACCCUCAUCAACCUUCUCUGCACCGGAACGGCGCAUGUCCAACACAACAUCGCAGAGUCGUCUGCGCAGUCGCUCAAGGCCAUUGCCCGCCAGUCACACGCUCAUCAAGUAACAAUGGGGUUUGCCCGCUUCAUCUUCAACUUUGAUGACCGCUACUCUACCAUGUCGGAUGGGGGUAUGCUAGGACCGGGGCACAUCGAGAAGACUCUCAAGCUAUACAUCGAGCUCCUCCACAUCUGGAUCGAGGAGAUCAAACAGAAAACCAAGAAUGCCGCAGAUGAGAGCGGCGAAUCCAGCGUCGCUGACAAGAGGAGCAUCAAACUCGACUUGUCCAGUGUCUGGGCAGAGGUCGACCAAGUGGAAGCACACGGACUGUUCUUCCUUUGUUCCCAGUCUCGAAGUGUGCGGUACUACGCCGUUAACGUUCUGCGCCUGAUCACCGAGUUUGAUGCGGUCCUGAGGAAGCCUAGCGGUCGCGAGAAGGACACACCAAGGCUCAUCGACAUUCUUGAAAAUGACUCGAUGCAGGUCAUGAGUUUCAACGACGAGCAGCUCUCCGUAGCUGAGCGGAGCAGGCUGCAGCGGGGGAUGCAAAACACGAACAGUCAAGGGGCCCUGAUCGAGCUCUGCACCAGCGAAGUUUCGUACGACACCACACUGUGGUUCAAGAUUUUCCCCAACUUCAUUCGUAUCGCCUUCGACAAGUGUCCGUUCGCCAUCACGCUAAGUCGCGAUCUCAUUUGCGAGAGGAUACUUCAGCUGUACAAGGUCAUCACGGUGCUGUCGGAGCCGCCGCGUGAACACCGAGGGCAGUUUUAUGCAGAACCUAGCAGUGCUCGCAUGACGGGGAAGACCCCGACGACACAUCCGGGUGUCGUGAUUGAGCAGUGGAAGCUCUACCUCGUUUUCGCCUGCACCACCCUGGCGGAUCCUGGUAGCGCUCAACCCAGCGGAGCACAGAACGGUCAGCAUGGGCGAACGGGAUCCAAGUCAUCUUCAGCGGCUGAAAAGAUUGGUUCGGCAAGAACGCUCUUCAAGUACCUCAACCCGAUGCUUUCUGCCUCAUCCGCGCCCAUUCGGGAGGCGGUUGUCAUAGCUAUGGGGUCCAUCAACAUCCACAUUUACCGCACGCUGCUCGAAGAGCUUCAAGGGCAGGUGUCCCGCUGCAACGAUGAUGCACGGCAACGCAUUCACCAGCGUACCAACAGCAGUCCGCGGCGCAACCGGAAGAUGGACAUCCUGCGAACCGAAAUCACGCAUGUGUACAAGCUCACGUCCCAUUUCCUGCGUGACCCUCAGGUCUACCAAGACGACUGGGUUCUGAACAAUCUAGUGGCAUAUACCAAGGAUCUGAAGAUCUUCCUAAUGGACGGCGAAGUUCAAAUGGAUUGGGAGUUCCAAAAACUGCGACGGCACUACUGCGGACUCAUGGAGGAGCUUUUCGAAGGAAUUAAUCGAACAAACGACCCGUCUCGGUGGAUGACAUUCGAAGCUCGGAAAUCAGCGUUCGCCCUAAUGGAGGACUGGUGCGGUUUCUCCCCCAACCAGCCACAGAUACGGCAAAGAGAGAACAAUAUGAGACAAUCCGUGAUCGACCAGAAGACCGCGGGCGAGCGAGGCACCGUGACGGCAGCCAUGGAAAUCGAGAAAAGAAAUCUGCGCACGGCAGCCCUGAGCGCCAUGGGGGCGCUCUGUGGCGGGCCCAUCAGCGCCACCACCGAGAGCGGCGCGUCCCUCCAGUUCGACGUUCGAAGGAUGCUGGCCUGGAUCGAGGCCAUCUUCAAUUCGGGGAGUGACCGCAUGAACGUGAUUGGUAAGAUGGCACUCAAGAACCUGAUAGUCCACAAUCAGGAAUACCCCUAUCUUCUCGAGCAUUGCAUCUCGAGAUGUUACCUCGCCGAGGCCCCGAAGAUGCUGGAGAGCUACUUCGGUGCGGUGACAGAAGUGCUGCAAGAGCAUCUCGACUACCCUAUUCCGUUUUGGAAGCUCCUCGGCCUUUGCCUAUUCAUGCUGGGCAAUGACCAGAGUACGAUCAGGUCGCAAGGCGCCCAUCUCUUGAAAGCGCUCGAGGAACGACAGCCGCAACCCCGAAGCUCCAAGAUCCAGGAUUUUGACAUCAGCAUAUCGGACAAAACCAAGGCGGUCUAUAAACUGGCUCAAUUUGAAAUAUCCAAGCGACUGGCAAAACAACACACGGAGCUGGCUUUCCACAUUUUCUCCGAGUUCACGUUCUAUUUCAAGGACCAGCAAGCCGGUGCCCAGAGGAACGUGAUCGCCGUUAUCCUCCCUUGGAUCCAAGCCGUCGAGCUCAAGGUCGAUCCAAACGGCGGGCCCAUUGCACAAUCAUAUGUCCUCCUAGCCAACCUACUCGAAAUCACGAUCAAAUCUAGCGCGGCUCUGCACAACGAGGUACAGGCGCUCUGGCAAGCGUUGGCCACGGGGCCACAUCCCGGAAACGUGCGGCUUGUCCUGGACUUUAUCAUGUCCUUGUGCCUAGAGCGGCGAGAGCAGAAUUUUGUCGAGUACGCGAAACAAAUCGUCGUCUUCCUCGCAAGCACAAACAGCACACCGGGAAACCGGGUGAUUGAGUUCCUGCUGCUUCAGAUCACCCCCAAGGCUAUGGUGCCUAACGAGAAGCGGGAGGCAAUCCCCCCUCCGCCCGACAUCAACGUGCUUCCCUACUGCGCGGACCUCUCGGAAGCUCUCCCCAUCGGCACCAAGCAAGCUGGAUUCUCUCUUGGUCAGCUAUCUCUCAUCCUGCUAGUUGACCUCAUGGUGGCGCCCGUCAGCCUCGCCGCGGACAACGUCCCGGUUCUGCUGCAGGUGGUCACCGUUCUCUGGGAUCAUUACACGCCGCUUGUUCAGGAGCAGGCCCGGGAAAUGCUGGUGCAUCUCAUUCACGAGCUCGUCAUCUCCAAUAUUGACGACAACACGCCGGCAGCCACCAAGCAGUGGAUCGAGAGUUUGAUCGAUGCCAUCCGACGCCACGACAGGUCUGUUGUGUGGGGCUACGAAGACAGCAACGGAAAGGUGGAUGGUCACGACAACAAGGUGCCUCCGAGCAUGGAAUAUCUCACGGCCGAGGUGGUCAAGACGUUUGAGCUCACUUUCCCCGGCAUCAAAGAUCAAUGGGGCAGGCUCUCACUUACCUGGGCGACUUCCUGUCCAGUUAGGCACCUUGCCUGCCGGUCCUUCCAAAUAUUCAGGUGCAUCCUGACAUCACUCGAUCAGUACAUGCUCGGAGACAUGCUCGCCCGUCUGUCCAACACCAUCGCCGACGAAGACACAGAGAUCCAGACGUUCUCGAUGGAAAUCCUUACCACGCUCAAAACACUGAUUGUGAAGGUCGAUGCCGACAAGCUUCUAGCUCUCCCUCAACUCUUUUGGACCACCUGCGCCUGCCUCGAGUCCAUCAACGAGUGUGAAUUCCUUGAAGGAGUCGAGAUGCUUAACGAGUUCCUCAACAAGCUGGACUUCCACUCCCCCACCGUACGGCGGCUGCUAUACGAUGGCCAACCGUCCAAGUGGGAUGGGCCUUUUGAGGGGCUGCAGCCCUUGCUGUAUAAGGGUCUGCGGUCGUCGACUUGUUACGACUUGACGCUGAAAACUCUCGAGAAGCUCAUCCAGCUGCCCAGCGACGCGUUGGUCGGCGAUGACAGUCGUCUAUUCUUCACCGUCAUUGCCAACCUCCCCCGCUUCUUACACACCAUCGACCAGCAGUUCCUCGACCGCGGGGUUGUGCAGACAGCCGAAACUCUCAUGGCGGCGGCAGACGAGCAGGGUUUGACGAGCGUGUCUGUGGUACUGGAUAAUUAUCUGGGAGCUAAAUAUCCUACUGGGAGCGACUUCGCGACGCAAAUGAUCGAGGCGCUCAGGGAGCGGUUUUUGCCCACACUGGACUGCCAAAUGAUCACCAUGCUAAUGGGGUUCCUCACCAAUGGGACUUCAUGGGUGAAGAUCAAGACGAUGCGAAUUCUACGCGUGAUCAUCCCCGAGGUGGACAUGAAGAAACCGGAGAUUGCCAGCCACGGCUCCGACAUGAUCUCGCCCCUCCUGCGACUGCUGCAGACGGAGUAUUGCAUGGAGGCGCUAGAGGUACUAGACAACAUCAUGACCAUGUCUGGGUCAUCUAUGGACAAGCACCACCUCCGCAUGAGCAUGACGCGGCCGACAUCGAAGGCGGUCAGAAAGGAGUAUGAGCGCACGCAGAGCCUCUUCGGCAUCCCGGAGCCGUCAGGAUGGGCGAUUCCUAUACCUGCGCGCAAGACAGACUCGACACGGGCCAAUAUUCAUGCUGCGUUCUACAUGUGUCAGAGUGACGAGGGGGUUGUCGCGCAGCCGGACAUGACACCCGAAGUGGAGUUCCACACGGACGACUUCCCCUACGGGUUCUUCCCUGGUUCGUUUGACAGGGCGGACACGAUGAUGUCGGACGACGGGCGAGUCGACGCGCCCAUGGGAGACCUUUUCUCCAAGCUCGACAGCCUGGACGACUUCUUCGAUGACGUGUCAACCAGCCCACCAAGCGACGGCCGAUCGUCGCGGACGGUGACUGAGUUCUCCCCGGACACGUUUGAUUCUGGCGCGCAGCUCUACGACGAGCAGAUCCUCCCAAUCCUGCACCAGGCAUCCAAUAACAGCAGCACGUCGUUCCAGAACGGAUUCGCAGACCGACCCAUCUUCAUGCCGCGCGAAGGGGGCGGGAACCCAGGAACGGCCAACAACACGAUGAACCCAGGCGCCUUUAACGUCGGCGUCGGCGGCGGCGGCGGCGGCGGCACACCCAAUAACAAUAACCAUAACCACAGCCACAGCCACCAAAACAACGGCAACAACAACACCACCAACAACUCCAACAACGGCAACAACAUCGUCACCACCACCAUCACCCCGCCCAACCGGCCCGGCCUGCACGCGCGCUCCAUCACCUCCCCCUCCGCGCCCGCAUCCUACCACGCACAACUAGCCGCAACAUCAUCAUCAACAAGCGACUUCACGUCGGACGACGAGUUCCCCGAGGACGUCUUCUCGGACGGCGACGACGAGCGGCCCAGCACGGCCAACGGCGACGGGUCCGGCGGCGGCGGCAGCGGCAGCGGCGGCAGCGGUAGCGGCUCCGGCGGCUCCUUCUUUCUCGAGAACGUCAUCCGCCCCCUCACCCAGGGCACCCGCUCCCGCAUGCGCCGCAUGACGGGCGGGCGGUCGCGUGAUGGUGGGUUUCCGUUUCAUCCUUCACCGCAGCAGGCGCAGUUGCAGUUGUAUGUGGGGCAGGGUGGUGGUGGUGCUUCUGGUCAAGGUGGGCAAGGUGGGCAAGGUGGUCAGGGUGGCCAGAGUGGUCAGGGUGGUGGGCAGGGUGGGCAGGGUCAGGGGCUGUAUCAGUACCAGCUCAGCCCGGCGUCGUCGGUUACGGUGACGUCUCCGUCGACUGCGGGUGGCGGGCCCGGGUCGCUGUCGGCUUCGCCUCAGCAGCAAUCAUCGUCGCAGCAAGGGCAGCAGCAGCAACAGCAGCAAGGACAGCAGGGUGGCGCGAGGAUGAAGGGGACGGGGGAGUUUUUGCAGUUGGGGCAUUGAGUGAGGGUGUGAUGUUGUUUUUUGUCUGGCUUUUCUCAUAUCGUCUUGAACUUGAAGGGGG